UCCAACUCACACCACUUCAGUUCUCACGAACGACAAAAUACCACACCAUAUUCGACAUAACCGAUCAAAACAUCUAGUUUAUACGUUCACAUUCGAUUGCUCUGUCGAUCUUAACGCGAACUUGUACGCUUUCAAGUGAAAUUUAGUCAUCUUAGUGUUUUUUGCUCUCGAAAAAGAAUAAAAAUGGUUCAUCUCAUUACCGAUUCUGCCGAUUUAAGUGCUCAGUUAACUGAUGCCAAACAAAAAUUGGUUAUCAUUGAUUUCUUUGCUAAAUGGUGUGGCCCAUGUAAAUUAAUUACACCUUUUAUUGAGAAGUUAGAUGCUGAAUAUCCAGAUGUUGUAAUAUUAAAAGUUGAUGUUGACGAAUGUGAAGAAGCUGCUAUGGAAUAUAAUAUCCAAUCAAUGCCAACCUUUGUCUUUAUUAAAUCUAAACAAGAAAUUGAGAGAUUUUCAGGAGCUAACGAAGCAAAAUUAAAGGAAAUCUUAUUAAAGAACAAAUAAUAGCUUAAAUGAUUAUAUUACAGUCUGAAUGUUUGGGCUUCUUAUAAUUUAAAAUAUUUUUACAUUAAAUUAAAGUAAUAGAUUUUAUUAUUUAUUAUUAAAUGUCUUACAUUAUAUUUGGAUAAUAAUCAAUACAGUGAAACAAUACAUUUAUACUUUAUUAAAUUAUUGUUAUGGCAUCA